UUGGCUUAAACGUGUGAAAGAGAGGCUGAAGAGGCUUCCACCCCUGUUGAAAAGAACCACACCACAAAACGGAGCCAAGAGGUGAGAGCCAACAUGGUGCUGGCUACGAAAAUUUUCAGCCGUGCAUCUACUUAGUUCUAAUUUAGUGCUAGUCGAAUUACCAUCUCCUCCCUAUUUUUCCUUCGGCCGGCGGUGACAAGUUGACGAGAGUGAGUGUUUCAAAAAGAGUAAUUACCAAAUUGGUUUAAGCUGCGCGCGACUUUACAUGAGCUGGGAUUCAAAUAUUGAAUGGAAUAAACGCAAAACUGGAUGUAUUUAUGAAGUUUUCCGUGAAUGAAAAUCUAUGAUGUUCAGUGGCAAUUAUGUGUUUAACAUUAUAAAAAAUUUAAUGGAAACGGAUGCAGUGACAAUUGUGCAAUGUUUCUGAACGCACGUUAGAGAUGGUAGCGUCAGUUAUUGAGACCAGUCAGAUUAAAUUGAUUAUUUUUCAAGUGGAAGCCUGAUAAGUAAGCUCCUGGUUAUGCAGUUCUAAGAAAAAGCGACAGUGAUAAGUGUUUGUAUGGAAUAGUGUGUUCAUUUAUGUAUAAUAUGGAGUGAUUAGUUGAGAGUUUAGCUCGAGUCAGUCAAAAAUAUAGAAAAGUGAAAUCGGUUACCAAUCUCAUCACCCACGUGUUAUCCAUACAAAAAUGUUCAACAUGGUUUGGGAUAAUUUCAGCUGUGGUCGGAAAAACUGUUUCAACAAUCGAAGGAAGUACUUCACAAUGUUGUUGAUUUUCCUGCUCUACAUGGUGUCCCAGGUGCAGUCCUGUGGUCCUGGCAGGGGCAUUGGAGGUCCCCGAAGAACCCGAAAACUGCUUCCGCUAGUGUUCAAACAGCAUGUACCGAACGUUAGUGAAAAUUCGUUAGGCGCCUCUGGAAUGCAAGAGGGUCCAAUCUCUAGAAACGAUAGCAAAUUCCGCAAUUUGGAGACCAAUUACAAUAAGGAUAUAAUAUUUAAAGAUGAAGAAGGUACUGGAGCCGAUCGCGUCAUGACGCAGAGAUGUAAAGAAAAACUGAAUAUCCUGGCCGUAUCGGUGAUGAAUCAAUGGCCUGGACUUCGGUUAAUGGUUACUGAAGGCUGGGAUGAGGACCAUAUGCAUGCACGCGAAUCGCUACACUACGAGGGUCGAGCGGUGGACAUUAUGACAUCGGACAAGGAUCGAUCCAAGAUCGGAAUGUUGGCGAGAUUGGCCGUCGAGGCUGGGUUCGAUUGGGUUUACUACGAAAGCCGCAGCCACAUACACUGUUCUGUUAAGUCAGAUUCAUCUCAAUCGAACCAUGCAAGCGGAUGCUUCACAGGCGACAGCACAGUGCAGACAUCAACCGGUGAAACGCGGAAGCUCAGUGAACUGCAAAUCGGCGAGCAAGUACUUAGCGUGGACAGCUCAGGCAACACGGUGUACAGUGAAGUGAUCAUGUUCAUGGAUCGCGAUACCCACCAAAGUCGAGAAUUUGUCCAUAUUGAAGCCGACGGUGGUGCUCAUCUGACAGUUACUCCAGCCCACCUGGUUAUGGUGUGGCAGAAAAAUGAAGGCAAAUCUCUCUAUUUGUUUGCCGAUCGUAUACAGGAAGGUGACUACAUUUUAGUCAACAUCAACAGUACAAUAGAGCCCCGAAAGGUGCUGAGGAUAUCUGCGAAGCUAUCGCAGGGAGUGUACGCUCCAUUAACCAGAGAAGGUACAAUUGUGGUGGAUUCGAUAGCCGCUUCAUGCUAUGCUCUCAUUGACAGCCAAUCAGUGGCUCAUCUUAGUUUUCUGCCCUACAGAGCAGUGCAAAAAAUUAUGAAUCUAUUUAGGAGUAGUAGUCAAAGUCGAAACUUAAGCCUUCCUCGACAUGGAGGUAUCAACUGGUACGCCAAAACACUGUACGCGAUCAAAGACUUUGUCAUACCGAACGAUUGGCUCUACCACUAGCGAUGCAAAGAAACUCUUCCUCAUCGAUAAGUCUGCCAAUCAUAUGUAAAUAGUGUAAAAUUACUAAGAUAAAAUCGAAAAUUACUCCCAUUGUUUCCCGUUAAUAUGAAACAAAAUGCAAAAGCGAGAGGGUAUGUGAGAUCUACUUAAAUUAUACUCGAAUGAAAGCGAUAAUAAUGAAUGUGAAAGCCCAUCUGAAAAAUUUGAAAAAAUGCAAAUAUGUAAUGAAUAGAUUGGAUAGAGUUAUUUUACUUGCUUAGCAAACUUCGGAAUGUUUGAGAAACGCUCCUUGAUAUUGUAACACAAAAUCUUGACGUGAAACAAAGCGGUUCAUUCUAACUUGUAAUCUAAAACGAUUUUAUUUCGGAUAAGUAGGAUCAAUAUCAAAUAAUUUAUAUUUAAUUAUGUUUGUAAAAAUAUUACAUUUUAACGAAUUGUAAUUUCAAACCCAAAAAAUUAAUUGUUAAUAUAAUUUUUAACAAAUUCGGCCAGUGACUACUAAUCAGCUUUUCAUUGCAUGUGCAAAACGAUUUGUAGAGAACAAAAAACAUCAGUCAAAGCGAUUAAGCGAAACGAUUCGAUGUAAUAUUUAUCAAAUAGCAUUACAAGAAAAGUGAUAUCUAAUUAUAAAUCAUAGUCUUACUUUAAUGACAAAUAAUUUAUGAAUAUUUUGUAACUCAAGGAACUCGUGUACAUAUAGACAUAUAAAUCAAAGCUCAAAAGCCGUCAAAAUUUUACACGCACUGAUACCCAUGCAUUCCAACUCAACGUGUAACGUUUCAAUGGAUUGGAAAAGCUUCAAACUACUUUACCGACUAUCAAACUAAAAGCUUCGUAUAACUGUUUGCAUUUUGAAGCGUUUUUCUCAGAAACGCUUCCCUUCGGUGGUAAAGAAGUAUAACGGCUGAAAUCAAACGCAACACAUCUGUUUGCAAUCGAACCCCUAUGAAAAACAUGUUACGAUUCAACUGCAGGAAACAAGCUGUCUCUCUUCGUUGCAUUGCAUGUUAUUUUUGUAAAUAUAGCCAAAUUGAAAAGAACGAGCGGUCAAAAUGUAAAAAAGAUCAAAUAAACAAUGUUGUUAUUCAAAACAAUUCAAA